AUGUCUGACGCCGCCUCCGACAUCGAGACGACCCGUGCUCCCCAGACGUCGUCCCACAUUGUUUCCUUUUUGUCGGGGGGCGUGGGCGGCAUCUCGGCCGUGCUAGUCGGCCACCCCUUUGAUCUCACCAAGACACGGUUGCAAACUGCACCCGAGGGAGCAUAUACUGGUGCUCUCGACGUAGUAAAGAAGACGCUUGCACGAGAUGGAGUCAAGGGAAUGUACCGUGGCAUGGGUCCUCCGCUUGCUGGUGUAACACCGAUCUUCGCCAUCUCGUUCUGGGCCUACGAUCUUGGAAAGAAGAUUACGCUAUCUCUUGGCGAACUCGCCUUUGCUGGUUUCUUUAGCGCGAUUCCCACUACGCUCGUUGCAGGUCCUGCUGAGCGUGUGAAAGUUUUGCUCCAGAUUCAGGGCCAGGGCGGGCAGUCUAAGUAUAGCGGCCCGACUGAUGUAGUCCGCCAGCUCUAUCGGGAAGGUGGCCUCAAGAGUGUUUUCAGAGGAACCGCUGCAACACUUGCCCGGGACGGUCCUGGAAGUGCAGCAUACUUUGUGGCGUACGAAGUUGCAAAGAAACAGCUCACACCCGCGGGAUCGGACCCAUCACAAUUGAACCUUAGUGCGGUUGUUCUUGCUGGAGGUCUUGCAGGAGUCGCAAUGUGGAGUGUUGCAAUCCCCCCUGAUGUCAUCAAAUCCCGCUUACAAUCGGCUCCUUCCGGGACCUACUCUGGAUUUAUCGAUUGUACACGGAAAACUAUUGCUAAGGAUGGAAUUAAGGCGCUGUGGAAGGGCUUUGGGCCUGCUAUGGCGAGGGCAUUCCCGGCCAAUGCGGCUACCUUCCUCGGCGUCGAGGCAUCGAAGAAGUUGUUCGAGAAAGCAUUCUAG